AGUGCGCCGGCGGCCGGGCCCUCUGCGCGCCUCACCCAGUCCCCGUCCCCGCCCCGGGGGCGGCCCCACCGCCUGGGAAGGGAUGCGGAGAAGGUGCGUCCCUGCCCUCCCCUCGGCUCCCCGCGCCGGAGUGCCGGGCCCAGGACUCACCGCCGCCGGGACGUCACGAGGUGCUGCGCCCGUUAACCGUGAUCCUGCCACACCCACGCCGCAGGGGCCGGAUUUCCUGCCUGGAGCCCUGGUACCAGACUUGUGUGGCCAGCACCGCUGCCAGGACACAGAGCGUCCCCCUGGAUCCCGCUGCUGUGGCUACACCCACAGCCACCGUGCCCCCUUCCCUGGCCCCUGACAACCGCUGCCCACUCUCCGUCUCUCGUUUGUCGUGUUAAAGUCCCGUGAAGGGAAUCGUGCGGUGACUGAGGUCCCCGGGUCAUGUGCAGCCGUGGUUGAAGCUGAAAAUGUGUGUCUGAAAUGCAGACACCCUUGGCCUGCCUCCCCCUGUACUCCUGACGUGGAUCAUGAGGGCUUUGGGGAACAGUCCCGUCUGGAUGGUGCUUCCUUUCCUUCCCCUGCUGGCGGGUGGUGCGGAGCAUGAAGAGGUGGCAAGACACGCCAUCAAGUUGCACCGGGGCCGAGGGGCGGCCGUCACCCAGAGGAGGCAGUGGGUCCUCGACGGUUGCAGAAAGCUCUCUGGGCUUCUUCGCCAAAAGGCUGUGGUUCUUAACAAACUGAGAAAUGCCAUCAGAGCCGUGGAGCGAGACACGGGCCUGUCCGAUGAAGAGAGGCUCUUUCAGGUGCACACGUUUGAGAUUUUCCAAAAAGAGCUGAACGAGAGUGAAAACUCCGUCUUCCAGGCCAUCCACGGGCUCCAGAGGGCCCUGCAGGGGGACUACAGGGACGUGGUGAACAUGAAGGAGAGCAGCAGGCAGCGCCUGGAGGCCUUGCGGGAGGCGGCCAUCAAGGAGGAGACAGAGUAUGUGGAGCUCCUGGCAGCAGAAAAACAUCAAGUUGAAGCUCUUAAAAACAUGCAGCAUCAAAACAAAAGCUUAUCCAUCCUCGAUGAGAUUCUUGAAGACGUGAGAAAGGCGGCAGAUCGCCUGGAGGAGGAGCUGGAGGAGCACGCUUUCGAUGACAACAAGUCGGUCAAAGGGGUCAAUUUUGAGGCGGUCCUGCGGGUGGAGGAAGAAGAGGCCCGUUCCAAGCAGAACCUCACGAGGCAGGACGUGGAGGAGGGCCUGGGGCUGAGCGUGCUCAUCGACUCCCAGAGCAACCAGUACAUCCUAGCCAAGCCCAGAGAUGCCACCAUCCCACGGGCUGACCACCACCUCCUAAAGGACAUUGUCACCAUAGGGAUGCUGUCCUUGCCUUGCGGCUGGCUUUGCACGACCAUAGGCUUGCCGACCAUGUUUGGGUACAUUAUCUGCGGCGUCCUUCUGGGGCCCUCGGGACUCAACAGUAUUAAGUCGACUGUGCAGGUGGAGACGUUAGGAGAAUUCGGUGUGUUCUUUACGCUCUUCCUCGUCGGCUUAGAAUUCUCCCCAGAGAAGCUGAGAAAGGUGUGGAGGAUCUCGCUGCAGGGGCCCUGCUACAUGACCCUCCUCAUGGUGGCCUUCGGCUUGUUCUGGGGACACUUUCUGCAGAUCAGACCCACUCAGAGCGUCUUUAUCUCCACCUGCUUGUCCCUGUCCAGCACACCCCUGGUGUCCAAGUUCCUUGUGGGCGGCACCCGCAGCGACAAGGAGGGUGACGUGGACUACAGCGCGGUGCUGCUGGGAGUGCUGGUGAUGCAGGACGUGCAGCUGGGGCUGUUCAUCGCCGUCCUGCCCACCUUCAUCCAGGCAGGGGCCGGCGCGCACUCCAGCGUCGCCGUGGAGCUCCUGCGGAUCCUGGCGCUGGUCGGGCAGGUCCUGCUCUCCCUCGCGGCUGUUCUCCUCUUCUGCCUCGUGCUGAAGGCUUGCCUGGUGGGCCCGUGUUUCCGGAAGCUGCACGCGGAGGGCAAGGGGAACAAGGAGCUCCUCACCCUGGGAACCUCCGCCUUCAUCUUCCUCAUGCUGACGCUAAAGAAAUCUGAGCCAGAGAGGAGCUGAGAUCACUCAUCCGAGCUCAUUGACCUCCCGAGGUCACCCCAGCCUCAUUGCAGUGGGUAAGCUGCAGGGCCCUUCUCUGACUCGGCGAGGUAAGGGGACAGCAGUAGGGACGUGAGCAGAGGCAUUCGGUUGAACAUAAAAUCAAGUUUCCCAAAAUCGUGCUGUUGGCUCCUGGCACUUUCCCUCCUGGCCGAUGGUCAUGGGUUCUACUGAGGAGGGAAAUGACACGAGGAGAAGGACCUCGGACCUUCCGUUGUGGGGUUCCAUAAAAAACAGCCCGAUGUCAUCUCAGCAACAUGAAAUCACCCAGAAGGACACCGCGCUGGACGGCAGGGUUGGUGGUCAGGGGAUGAAAGGAAUUACUCUCCUGGCCAAGGUGGGCGUUUCGGAGGAAGAGCAGAGACGGGCGCUCAAGUAGCAAACGAGGCCGGAAGGAGACAUCUGGGGAGACUGGGUGCCGUGAUCUUCUAGAAGCUGUCGGGUCCAAGGGGAGCUUCUCAAAGGACUGUGGCUUCAGCCUGUAAGUAGUCAUGUGAGUCCUUAAGAUUGACUAAUCCUGGAGUCCUGUGGCUCAGCAGCUUAAGGAUUUGUGUUGUCACCGCAGUGGCUCGGGUUGCGGCUGUGGUGUGGGUUCAAUCCCCUGCCUGGCAAUUUCUGCAUCCUGCCCAUGUUGCCAAAAAAAAAAAAAAAAAAAAGAAAGAAAAAAAGAUUGAUUAAUACCAAGAUAAGAGCAUUAUGCUGCGGGAAGUUCAAGGAUUCACCCUCCUUCCAAGAGGGGACUUUGCUUUGGCCAGAAAUGUUCCCAACCAGGAGUGAUGAUGUAAGGACGUGCGAGAGAGAAACACACGAGGUCUUCGUGAGUUUGGGGUGCGAAUGUGGCUCAGGAGGGCGGCCUCUUUGGCCAGAGGAGCGGGGGCUCGUCCCAAGGUUUGGACAAGGAGCCGAUUUCCUUAUGUUUUAUCACACACACGAACAAGCCAAAAAAUCUUGCUGAAGAUGCCUUUAUUGGAGUUCCCAUCAUGGCUCAGUGGUAACGAACCCGACUAGUGUCCACGAGGACGCCGGUUCAAUCCCUGGCCUCGCUCAGUGGGUUAAGGACCCGGUGUUGCCAUGAGCUGUGGUGUAGGUCACAGACCCGGCUCAGAUCCCGCAUUGCUGUGGCUGUGGUGUAGGCCAGCAGCUGCAGCUCCACCUCCAAUUUGACCCUUAGCCUGGAACUUCCAUAUGCUGCAGGUGGGGCCCUGAAAAAAAAGGAGCAAAAAUGCUUUUAUUGAUAUUUGUCCAAAGGAUGAGAAAAUGUCACUUCCCCACAUGCAGAACCCCCUCUAAGUCCCACAAACCUCUCCCCUCCCUGCCUCCCCACCUCUUGUCAUCAUCGCUGCGGUGGAAAACAGAAAAUGGCUGGAUAUGGGUUCGAUUCCUCUCCUUGCUCACUGGGUUAAGGAUCCGGCGUUGCCUGUGGUGUAGGCCAGCAGCUGCAGCUCAGAUUCGACGCCUUGCCCAGGAACUUCCAUGUGCUGCAGGU